CUGAGUUUCAUCUCAGACUGAAUCCACCCCAUAGCAGUAGCAGUAAUGACGUCACCAGUCAUUGCCUAAAUUUCACUCCACUUCACUGAAACCACUACAGAGACUCACAGCAAUACAAGUCAAUCAGACCUUAACCAACAUGUGGCUUUACAUCAUGUUUUUCAUUUGUUUGGGGGGUGUGGAUACAAAUGCAGUUAAGUCAGUAUCAGUGACUGAGGGAGAUUCUGUCACUCUACACACUGAUGUUACUGAAAUACAGAGAGAUGAUCAGAUACUGUGGAUGUUUGGACCUCGAGACACUCGUAUAGCAGAAAUCUAUAAGCAGAUCAUUUCUGUAUAUGACAACAAAGAUAAAUUCAGAGAUAGACUCAGUGUGGACAGUCAAACUGGAUCUAUGACCAUCAGAAACAUCAGAACUGAACACACUGGACUUUAUAAACUACAGUUCUUCAGUCACAGAGGAACUUCAUACAAGAGGUUCAAUCUUACUGUCUAUGCCCAUUUGCCCAUUCCAGUCAUCGCCAGAAGUACUUCAAAUUGUUCUUCUUCAUCAUCAUCAUCUUCAAACCAGUAUUGUUCGCUGCUGUGUUCAGUGUUGAAUGUGAGUCAUGUGACUCUCUCCUGGUUCAAAGGAAACAGUUUAUUGUCCAGCAUCAGUGUGUCUGAUCUCAGCAUCAGUCUCUCUCUUCCUCUGGAGGUGGAAUAUCAGGAGAAAAACACCUACAGCUGUGUGAUCAACAAUCCCAUCAGAAACCAGACUCAACAUCUGGACAUCAGUGAAGUCUGUCACAUGUGUGAAGUUCCUCCCUCAGAAUCUGUCCAGUGUUGUGGUUUCACUGAAGCUGUGAUCCGAUUGGUCCUCUCUGCUGUGGUGGGCGUGGCUACUGUUGCUUCAGUGAUUUAUGACAUCAGAUCCUGAGCUAAACAGAAGAGGAGAGCACAGGUAUAUGAGGACUCUAACAGACAGUGUUUUUGAAAAAGGAAAAAGGUUCUAAUGUUACGUUUUAGAUGAAUAUUAUAUGAAAAGUAUCUGAAAACAUUACAAUGAAAAUGUGUCUAUGGCCAAUGAAAAUAGGCAUAGACGUAUAGCAGUUCAAUAUUUCUAUGCAUAUUCAACUCAGUUAUUUUUAUUUAUUAUGGUCUAAAUAUAAAAGAAAGUAACUUUAAGAUAAACGAAUGUAAUUUUUCACAAAACUAAAAAUAUUUGUACACUUUUUUUUUUUUUUUUUUUGUAGUUCUAAAUGGGUUUUGUAUAACGUAUUAUUAAAUAAAAAUUGGGCCUAGAAGCGUGCUACUUAUCAUGAUUUUAGUACAGUUGUGAUGCAUUUCUGUUAUCCAAUAAAUAUAUAAUAUUUGCAUCUCUCACAGGCCAAUCAUAGACUCUCUUUUACCCUGAUGUAUCACUAA